UUUUGCUUGAUUAUUUUUAGAUAUGUAACAUUUUUUAUCAAUUUGGGAAAUAUUGCAGUACUACGAAUAUUUCGUGUAUUAAUAACUAUUGCAGUUGUACCUGGUUUAAAAACAAUUGUUGGUGCUUUAAUACAAUCUUUAAUUUCCCUACGAGAUGCGUUAAUUUUAUCAAGUUUUAUUCUUUCUAUAUUUGCUUUGAUUGGAUUACAACUUUAUAUGGGUGUUCUUCGACAAAAAUGUGUACCAACUUAUGAAUCUUUUUUAAAUAAUUCCAAUCUCUACAAUAUUGGAUUUAAUAUGACAUAUGAAGUCUAUUUAAAAGAAAUUGAUAAUGAAAAAAAAUUUCCAAGUCUAGAUAUGAUUAGUUGA